AUGAAUCUAUACCUCAUCCUGAUCGUUGCGGCCUCAUUUGGAGCCUUCCCGAGCUUAGAUGCGGCACCAAGAGAGGAUGUUAGCAAAACAUCAGCCCGUGGGCCAGGUGUAAUUCCCAAUGGAGGGGCUGGAGGACAAUUCCGUGGAGGUCCAAGAGGACAGUUCCACCACGGACUAGGAGAGGAACCGUUCAGAUUCCCAGGAGGACAAUUCCACGGAGGAGCUGAAGGACAAUUCCGCGAAGGCCCAAGAGGACAGUUCCACCACGGACUAGGAGAAGAACCAUUCAGAGGCCCAGGAGGACAAUUCCACGGAGGAGCUGAAGGACAAUUCCGCGAAGGUCCAAGAGGACAGUUCCACCACGGACUAGGAGAGGAACCGUUCAGAUUCCCAGGAGGACAAUUCCACGGAGGAGCUGGAGGACAAUCCCAUGGAGCACCAAGAGGAGAGCCAUUCAGAGGACUUGGAGGAAACACGAGCGGCGGUGCUGGUAGUGAUCAAGAGAGGCAAUAA